AGUUUCUGGAAACUUACCGCAUCACAGCCAGAUAAUGAAUAUGAUAACACGAGACCAGGCCAGAAAAGGACUCAAAAAUAAAUUAAUAAUCAGCACUUCUAUGGUGACUUCAAGCAAUAACCCAGUAGAGUGCCAGCCGGGUUCACGGCCCUGUGCUAAUACUUGGAACUGUGUAGCAACUGAUUUGUUCUGUGAUGGAGAAGCAAACUGUCCGGAUGGUUCAGAUGAAGAUACUGGACUAUGUGCCACAGCUUGUGAUGGACGAUUUCUGUUGACUGGAAAUUCUGGGUCUUUCCAAGCUGAUCGUUUUCCAAAGCCAGACAAAUCAGGUGUUGUUUGCCGUUGGAUCAUUCGUGUAAACCAAGGACUUUCCAUUAGCAUCAGCUUUGGAUCUUUUAUUUCACAUUAUACAGAUGUGUUAGAUAUUUAUGAAGGUGUAGGACCUGGCAAAAUUUUAAGAGCCUCUUUUAUGGAAACUGAUCCUGGAACAAUUCGAAUUUUUUCCAACCUAGUUACAGUCACCUUUCUGAUAGAAUCUGAUGAAAAUGAUUACAUUGGCUUUAAUGCAACAUAUAAUACCUUUAACAGCAGUGGCCUGAACAAUUAUGAGAAAAUUGACUGCACCUUUGAAGAUGGCUUUUGUUUUUGGGUCCAGGAUCUUGAUGAUGAUAAUGAGUGGGAAAGGAUUCACGGAAACCAGUUUCCUAUCUUCACUGGACCACCUUUUGACCACACAUUCGGAAAUGAUUCAGGAUUUUACAUUUCUACACCAACCGAACAAGGAUGGAGAAGAGAACGAGUGGGGCUUUCAAGCCUCUCUUUAGAUCUCACAUCGGAGCCUGUCUGCCUUCGUUUCUGGUAUUAUAUGUGUUGUGAGAAUGUCUACAACUUAAGCCUUCAUAUCAGCAGUGGUGAAACAACAGACAAGACAGUUUUUCAAAGGAAAGGAAAUUACGGGAUGAAUUGGAAUUAUGGUCAAGUCACAUUAAAUGAAACAGAAGAAUUUAAGGUUGUGUUCAAUGCUUUUAGAAACCCUGGUUGGAGUACAAUAGCCCUGGAUGAUAUAAGCCUAACAAAAGGAAUUUGUGGCGAGAGUCUCUAUCCAGAGCCAACCUUGGUCCCCACCCCUCCACCAGAGCUUCCUACUGACUGCGGAGGACCUUUUGAACUAUGGGAGCCAAAUACAACAUUCAGUUCUCCAAACUUUCCAGACAUCUACCCUAAUCAAGCUUUCUGUAUAUGGAAUUUAAAUGCAGAAAAGGGAAAAAAUAUUCAACUUCAUUUUCAAGAAUUUGAUUUAGAAAGCAUUAAUGAUGUGGUUGAAGUGAGAGAUGGGGGCGAAGCUGACUCCUUGUUAUUAGCUGUGUACACAGGACCUGGCCCUGUGAAGGACGUGUUUUCUUCCACCAAUAGGAUGACUGUGCUUUUCAUCACAAACCUGAAGAAGGCAAACAGAGGCUUCAAAGCAAAUUUCACUACUGGCUAUUACUUGGGGAUUCCAGAGCCCUGCCAGGAUGGCGAGUUUCAGUGCACAGCAGGGACCUGCAUUCCCAAGGCAAAUCUCUGUGAUAGCCACCCACACUGCAGUGAUGGCUCAGAUGAGGCACAUUGUGUGCGUUUUCUCAAUGGCACAAUGAGCAGCAACGGGUUAGUACAGUUUAACAUCCAUAGCAUUUGGCACAUUGCCUGUUCUGAGAACUGGACCACACAAAUUUCAAAUGAAGUUUGUCAUCUUCUGGGACUAGGGGGUGCAAACUCAUCAAUGACGAUAUUAUCAACUGGAAGUGGCCCAUUUGUGAAACUAAACAAAGCUCCUAAUGGCAGCUUGAUACUAACACCUAGUGUACAGUGCUCACAAGAUUCCUUGAUUCAGUUACAAUGUAACCAUAAAUCAUGUGGAGAAAAAAUGGUGCCCCAGAAAGUCGCUGCAAAGAUCGUUGGUGGAAGUCAUGCCCAAGCAGGGGCCUGGCCCUGGGUCUUGGCUCUGUAUUACAAGGACAGUUACGGAGAACGGCUGCUCUGUGGGGCGUCUCUGCUCAGCAGUGACUGGCUGGUGUCCGCUGCGCACUGUGUGUACGGAAGAAAUGUAGAUCCAUCCAGAUGGACAGCAGUACUGGGCCUGCACAUGCAAUCAAAUCUGACUUCUCCUCAAAUAGUAAGACGCGAGAUCGAUCAAAUUGUCAUAAACCCUCAUUAUGAUAAGCGAAGAAAGGUCAAUGACAUUGCAAUGAUGCACCUUGGCUUUAAGGUGGAUUACACAGAUUAUAUACAGCCUAUUUGUUUACCAGAAGAUAAUCAGAUAUUUAUUCCAGGAAGAAUUUGUUCAAUUGCUGGCUGGGGAUAUACUGAAAUUCAAGGUUCCACUAGUGAUGUGCUGAAAGAAGCUGAUAUUCCUCUUGUAUCCAACGAGAAGUGCCAGCAACAGCUGCCAGAAUACAACAUCACUGAAAGUAUGAUAUGUGCAGGAUAUGAAGAAGGAGGAAUAGAUUCCUGUCAGGGUGAUUCGGGAGGACCAUUAAUGUGCCAAGAAAACAACAGGUGGUUUCUUGUUGGUGUGACAUCAUUUGGAGUUAAGUGUGCACUGCCUAACCACCCUGGGGUAUACGUCCGGGUUUCCAAGUUUACAGAAUGGAUAUACAGCUUUCUACAUUAGGCAUUUUCCUAAUCCGAACAUCAAAGGUGAAGAAAACGCACAACGCUAUCUCUCUCUCCUGACCUAGCAUCAACAUAAAGUAUGUUGCACGGUCAUUCUAUACAUAUGAUCUUUUGGAUCACUUGACUUUACAUUUACUUCAAGCUGAUCUUUUUUUUAAUCUCAGAAAUCAGCAGGUAUUCUGAAUGAAUGCAACUAUCAUAAAUGUUUUAUUAGUGUAUGUAUUUAUAGAAUGUCUGCAACAUGUGAAAAAAAAAAACUUGUUCAGACACAGCUGAAUUACCCAUUAAAGCCAAAAAUGUGUAAUAAAUGAAUUUGCUUUACUCCUUUAA